UGUGCGUGCGUGCGUGCGUGCGUGCGUGUGUGUGUGUGUAGCACUUCCGGAUGAGGCCGUGCGCACUUCCGGCCAAGAUGGCGGCGCCCAGCAGAGUCAGGUGCAGGCGAUUCUCUCCUUAGGCGCGGCGGCGGCUCGAGGCUAGAGCGGCAGACAUCCCAGAAGUCGACCCACCAGGACGUCAGAGCGCUAUCGGCGGUGACCAUCUUCCCCCCCAUCACCUUUCUCCCCUUCCUCACAAACGGUCCAUGGCAGACCAAGGCUCGGGGGGCAGUCGCCUCCCCCUGGCGUUGCCCCCGGCCUCUUCUCAGGGGUGCUCGUCUGGGGGCGGCGGCUCCUCAGCGGGGGGCGCCGGCAACCCCCGGCCCCCGCGCAACCUGCAGGGUCUGCUGCAAAUGGCCAUCACGGCGGGUUCUCAGGAGCCAGACCCCCCUCCAGAGCCCAUGAGCGAGGAGAGGCGCCAGUGGCUGCAGGAGGCCAUGUCAGCUGCCUUCCGGGGCCAGCGAGAGGAGGUGGAACAGAUGAAGAGCUGCCUCCGGGUGCUGUCCCAGCCCAUGCCCUCUGCAGUGGGGGAAGCUGAGCUGGCCUCCGAUCAACAGGAGCGCGAGGGGGCCCUGGAGCUGCUGGCCGACCUGUGUGAGAACAUGGACAAUGCCACAGAUUUCUGCCAGCUGUCGGGCAUGCACCUACUGGUGGGCCGCUACCUGGAGGCCCGGGCAGCGGGGCUGCGGUGGCGGGCUGCACAGCUCAUCGGGACAUGCAGUCAGAAUGUGGCGGCCAUCCAGGAGCAGGUGCUGGGCCUUGGUGCCCUGCGGAAGCUGCUGCGGCUGCUUGACCGGGACUCCUGCGACACGGUACGCGUCAAGGCCCUCUUCGCCAUCUCCUGCCUGGUCCGGGAGCAGGAGGCAGGGCUGCUCCAGUUCCUCCGCCUGGAUGGCUUCUCUGUGCUGAUGCGUGCUAUGCAGCAGCAGGUGCAAAAGCUCAAGGUCAAGUCAGCUUUCCUGCUGCAGAACCUGCUGGUGGGCCACCCCGAGCACAAAGGGACGCUGUGCGCCAUGGGCAUGGUCCAGCAGCUGGUAGCCCUGGUGAGGACGGAGCACAGCCCCUUCCAUGAGCACGUGCUCGGAGCCCUGUGCAGCCUGGUGACAGACUUCCCCCAGGGUGUGCGUGAAUGCCGGGAGCCGGAGCUGGGCCUGGAGGAGCUGCUGCGCCACCGCUGCCAGCUACUGCAGCAGCAUGAGGAGUACCAGGAGGAGCUGGAGUUCUGCGAAAAGCUGCUACAGACCUGUUUUUCUAGCCCCACGGACGACAGCAUGGAUCGGUGAAACCAAGUGGCUUCUUGUGCUCUCUCCCUGUGGGAACCCCAGGCCUCCUGCCCCCUCCUUCCCACGGCGCCCUCUCCCAAGGGAUUGGGGGCCUGGCCAGUGCCUGGGCGUGCCAGUCCACCUCUGGGCAGCCCCCUGGAGGGGUGCUGAGAAUGGUGCUGGCUCUUUGGACCCCACCCUGCACACUCCCCCUCCCCAUCUCUGCACUGCUCUUCCAAUAAAGGCAUUUCUCCUCCUCCU